AUGGCCAGUUUCUAUAGGUACGAGAUAUGACGUCAUUAGUAGCGGGUGUUCAAGCCAUUUUUGAGUGAAAAUACAUGUUUUUUUUUUACUUCUUUUCACAAUAAAAGUAAAUUUUGUGGCUAAAAUGACGCAAAGUGAUUAUUUAUGUGUUAAGCACGAAAAAUUACUAUUUCUCAUGGUUUUAACCUGAUUUCUAAUUCUUGGUAAAAUCGAGGAUGACGGCCAGAAUGCCCACCACCCAAAAGUUGAAUGGUCGUUUAAUACUGAUGAAACAAGUCAAGACCCGCGGUGGCUCGUAGGGACAAAACACUUUCCAGAAUCUCAAACACUUCCUAGAAUCCGAAAACCUUUCACAGAAUCCAAAAAAACACCCCAGAAUUUGGAUUCUGAGACAUGAUUUGGAUUCACUGGAGCGUGUUUUUGGGGUUCUGGGUAGUGUUUAUGGAUUGUGAGAAUUGUUUGAGAUUCUGCAUGGGCAGAGUUUUCUCCCUGCAAGCCGCCAGUUGUAAAGCCUUGCUCUAGAUCAACAUUGUCUGAAGAGCGAUUCUCUGAUCUCGCUGUGAUUGCCAUGCACUACUCCGAGAAAUUUGAAGUGGCUAAGUAGAAAAGCAACAAACAAUGUUGGUCGGCACUGCACUCUUAGUCCUUAUACAUGAAACUUGGGGAUCAAAUUCCUCUGAAUUCAAAACAAAGAAAUUCUACAAAUGUAGAUGUAAAAACAAGUGUUUUUGGUAAAACAUGGUGCAUCAUAUAUUGUGUUUACCCUAUAUAGGCAUUUACCAUAAGAAGGACAAGGUAAAUGGCUCAUUAACACCUCUUGUUUGCUUAUUUUUUAGGUAUUUUUGCGUGUAUGCUGCCUUAACUGUGACCUUUUCAUACUUAAUGAUUGUCACAUAUUUUGUGGCCAUCAUGUCAUACGACGUAAAAAGGAUUAAAGCAGGUCGACGGGACUGUUUACCGUUCUGCCGCGCGCCACCGCCAAGGGAAAACGCCCCGGCCUGGGACGAGCCUCGUCUUCAAACCUCUAACAAGCUUAUGGAAGCCUUGGCCCGAUUUCUUACCUUAUCCGUGGUCAAAGUCUUUGUGAUAAUCUUCUCCUGGUGCUUUCUAGCGGCCGGGAUAUAUGGUGUUACAAAGGUGGAUGAAAGUUUUGACAGAAGAAUUUUGACCAAGGAUGAUUCUUACCUCAAGAAAUUUUUAUCUACUCAGGAAGAGUACUUUGAGCUGUCCAUUCCUGUGAGUGUUGUCGAGACUGGAAAUAUCGAUUAUGGAAAAAGAUCUGUCCAGGAAGAAUUGAGAAGUCUGUCCAAAAUUGUGACCUCUAACAAGUAUUAUGAAAACAGAACUUUGUCCUGGAUUGUAGUGUUUUCCCAGUAUGCCCUGCACACGAAUAAAAAUAUCCUCGGGUCGAACUUUACGCCGGAGUUGUUGUCGUUUGCAAAUUUUAAACAAGACGUGAAGUUUUCCUUAGACAAUAAAAGUGUCCAAGUCUCUCGAAUUAUGGGUUUCAUGAAAACUUCGACCAGCUCUUCUUUUCAGAAAAAUGCCAUGCUAACGCUUCGAGAAGAUCUCCAAACAGGUACAUUGAAAAACCUUGCAGCAUUCCCCAUCGCUCGACCCUUCAUUUUCUUUGAGCAGUACGCAAUCACGUCAAGGGAAACCGUAAGGAACCUUUUAAUCGCGGCCUUACCUGUACUGAUUGUUACAAGCCCCUUUCUAGUGGACUGUACUGUUACGCUCCUGGUGGUGCUAAACUUUGCUGCCCUGAUAUGUGAGCUGUUUGGAUUGAUGGUGAUCUGGGGCGUAUCUCUGAACUCUGUAUCCAUGAUCAAUCUUGUCAUGGCUAUAGGAUUCGCGGUUGACUACAGCGCUCAUAUUGCACAUGCGUACGUGAUGUCAGACAAGGACAAAGCUAAUGAACGUGUUGUCGAAGUUCUAAGCACGCUCGGCGCCAGCGUUUUGAUGGGAGGUGAGUUUAUUCAACAUAAGUUAAUAGAGAACAACCGUUUUGUCGUCAUUUUUUCCUCCUUUUUCCGCAGAGGAUAGGCGUUGUUCAUGAAUAAAAAAGUCUUAAUCUACUAGACUUUUCUCAUCUGCAUUAUGGUAAAAGAAUGAAAUGGGUUCUCUGAAACUGUGGGUUGUCAUCGAAGUUACGAAUCCUUCUUGAUGAAAACACGAGAAUAAGAGUAGAUUGCGGAGCAGGCAUUCCUAUGCUAAACGCUAAAUAGCGCCCCCUUUCCUAACGUUUUUUUUCUCUUGGCCCAGAUUUCAAGCUUAGUUUGUACAGGCUCGCUUGUUGAAUAAGCGAGAAAGUCGCCAGUACGCGCGUGCCGAAAGGGGAAAGGGCUUGAAUGCUUAAAGGGGAACCGGCUCUUCCUUCGAAAAGAACAAAAAAAUUUUCUUGUUUUCCUCAGUGUGAGGUUGUGUGUUUUGCAUUCAUGCAGGAAUACCUAAAACAUUUUUCCUUUUUUUAAUUUCUGUCUUAGCCAAGCAAAAUGCAACUUGGACGGAACGUUUACGACUCGCGCACUUGGCAUUUAGUCGGUAGUCCCUGUUGUCAAACUUCCUCUCCGGAUCCCUGGAUGGAUUUCAGCGUGAUACCUUUUUGCCAAAAUCGUGCACUACAUUGUGAAAAUAGUCAGCUUUGACAGCAGAAUUUCUAUGAGCAGUUUUAACAAUUGAAAUAAUUUUAAUAGGGAAACAAUAUCACCAGUGCCAAAAUGAUACUAGCUGAAUUCUUUUCGCUUUAUUAUUUUUAUCAAGGGCCCAUCACCCGAAACUUCCGUCCAAUGCUUAGACUGUGUUUUAGACUGAAGUAUACUUUUAGAUUUCUUUUUGCAUGAGCGAAAUUAACCGUGCUCACAAACUCUUGCUAGGCUCUUGGCUGAUCUUACCCAUUAUCAUUUCGUUCACUCCAUGUCCUUCAUUCAUCAUUUCAUUCAUUCAUUCGGGCAUCCAUCCAUCCAUCCAUUAA